AUGAAAGGACAUAAUUUGAAUUUCCGCAAAAAUCGUAGUAAGGAUACCACUAAUGAUGGAAAGGCAGUGGAGAGUUUAACUAGGCCGGAAAAGCCUCCAUCGAAUACGGAAUUCAACAUAUUGGCAAGCGAAAAGCUGCCAAAUUAUGAGAAACUGGAUCUGUUUCAUCGAGCUGUCUAUCCGUUCAUGUUUUUGGCUCAGUGCUUUGCCAUAAUGCCCUUGAUUGGCAUUCGGGAGUCCAACCCGCGAAGGAUUCGAUUUGCCUACAAGUCAAUACCGAUGAUCGUUACCCUGAUUUUUAUGGCUGCCACUUUAAUAUUGUUUCUGGGAAUGCUCUGUCACUUGGUCAGGAUUGGUAUUACAGCGAAAAAUUUUGGUGGUCUCGUUUUCUUCAGUUGUGUUUUAUCAGCCUACAUCGUGGUUAUUCGCCUGGCAAAAAAAUGGCCAGAACUUAUUAGAUACUGGACAAAGACGGAAAUGGUGUUUAAUAAAACUCCUUAUGAAAUGCCGAAAAGAAAUCUUUGGCGUCGAGUUCAACUGGCUGCUUUAGCGAUUAUAGCAUUGUCUUUGGGAGAACACGCUCUGUUCCAAGUAUCAGCUAUUCUGAGCUACCAGCGUCGCAUUAAUUUGUGCACCAAUAUUACAAGAGUAGCCAGUUUUGAUGAUUACAUCCAAAGGAACUACGACUAUGUGUUUCAACUGCUGCCUUACAGUCCCAUUGUAGCUGCUUUUGUGCUGAUAGCCAAUGGUGCCUGCACUUUUGUCUGGAACUACAUGGACCUCUUUAUCAUGAUGGUUAGCAUGGGGCUGUCCUAUCGCUUUGAGCAAAUCACUGGCCGUAUUCGCAAAUUGGAACAUGAGGAGGUCUCUGAGUCGGUGUUUAUCCAAAUUCGGGAGCACUACGUUAAAAUGUGUGAAUUACUGGAGUUUGUGGAUAACGCUAUGUCGAGUCUUAUCUUAAUUUCGUGCUUUAAUAACCUCUACUUUGUGUGCUUCCAACUGCUGAACAUUUUUAACAAACUUCACUGGCCCAUCAACUAUGUAUACUUCUGGUAUUCGCUACUAUAUCUCAUCGGACGAACCGCCUUCGUUUUUCUCACUGCAGCGGAUAUCAAUGAGGAAUCGAAGAGGGGUCUUGGAAUCCUCAGAAGGGUUUCGAGCCGCAGUUGGUGUGUGGAGGUGGAGCGACUGAUAUUCCAGAUGACGACCCAGACAGUCGCCCUUUCCGGCAAAAAGUUUUACUUCCUCACACGGCGCCUUCUCUUUGGAAUGGCCGGAACCAUUGUCACCUACGAGCUGGUCCUCCUGCAAUUCGAUGAACCCAAUCGUCGCAAAGGAUUGCAGCCCUUGUGCGCUUGA